GAAUAGACGUAACGCGCGAAUGAGUGGAGAAGGUCUCACGAGAGUGAAAGGAAAUCUCGCGAUUUUAAAAAUUUAUUUAUUUUUACCUAGCAACUGAAAACAGUCAGUUACUCCAAGUAGAAUCUCUAAAGUGACCUGACCUGAAAUUGGAGUGAGACCCCAGCCCUAGGCUGGGGUUCUUUCCAUACAGAGGAGACGGAUUCAGAGGGGCUGCAGACCAAGAUUGUUGAAAACCAGACAUACGAUGAGCGUCUAGAGGUAAACGACCCUGAAGAGAUUGCAAGCAUUUAUACUCCAACCCCAAGACACAGAGGACUUCCUCAUUCUGCCCAUCCUCCUAACGAGACUAUGGCUGAUAACAGCAGUGAUGAAUAUGAAGAGGAAAAUAAUAAGGUCCUAAGUGAGGGCAUGCCACAGGCUCCAGGCCACAGAAGCAAAGAUAUGGACCCCGUCCCAACUGCUCCUGCAAGUCCCAAGCGUCACCAGACUCCUCAUGGACUUGAGAGGGUGGGAUGGUACAUAGAGAAUCAGAAGCUCAGAAAGGAGAAAAAGAAGAACUCACAGGUAACACCUCAAAGGGGCUUUAGCGAAAAUGAUGAUGAUGACGAUGACGAUGAUGAUGACGAUGAUGAUGAUGACGAUGAUGACUCAUCUGAAACUGAUUCUGAUGAAGAUGAUGAUGAAGCGCAUGGAGCCCCUCUGGAAGGGGCCUAUGAUCCUGCAGAUUAUGAGCAUUUGCCAGUUUCUGCCGAGAUUAAGGAACUCUUCCAGUAUAUCAGUCGGUAUACACCUCAGUUGAUUGACCUGGACCACAAACUGAAACCUUUUAUUCCUGAUUUUAUCCCAGCUGUUGGGGAUAUUGAUGCAUUCUUAAAGGUCCCACGUCCUGAUGGAAAGCCUGACAACCUUGGCCUGUUGGUAUUGGACGAACCUUCUACCAAGCAGUCAGACCCUACAGUGCUUUCACUCUGGUUAACAGAGAAUUCCAAACAGCACAGCGUCACACAACAUAUGAAAGUAAAGAGCCUGGAAGAUGCAGAAAAGAAUCCAAAAGCCAUUGACACAUGGAUUGAGAGCAUCUCUGAGUUACAUCGUUCUAAGCCCCCUGCGACUGUGCACUAUACCAGGCCUAUGCCUGAUAUUGACACACUGAUGCAGGAAUGGUCCCCAGAGUUUGAGGAGCUUUUGGGAAAGGUGAGCCUGCCCACAGCAGAGAUUGAUUGCAGCCUAGCAGAGUACAUUGACAUGAUCUGCGCCAUCCUAGACAUCCCUAUCUACAAGAGUCGGAUUCAGUCCCUCCACCUGCUCUUUUCCCUCUACUUGGAAUUCAAGAACUCACAGCAUUUUAAAGCUCUAGCUGAAGGCAAGAAAGCAUUCACCCCUCCAUCCAACUCCACCUCCCAAGCUGGAGAGGCAGAGACAUUAACCUUCAGCUGAGACACUUCCCAGGUCACUCUGUUUCAAGGCUCAGCUGGCUUUUCUACCCCAGCUGAGAAGGAGAGAUGGUUAUCAGCCACCUGGCAUCCUUGCCUUGACUCAGGGACAGUGCACGUCCUACUACCUUCUGUGCCAGAAAGUACUGCACAUCUUCAUUAAAUAGUUUCUGCUUGUCUCAGAUUUCCCUUCCAUGGGAAUUAUGCAUUCUACCCACUGUGGAGAUUUGAGGUAGAAGAAUUGGAAUUUCUGGGAUCUCAAGAUGCUUGGGUUAGGAGGAAAGUUUUAAAAAAUGUUCUUUUUGAGAUAGCAAUGGAAUUGUUUUCUUUCUUAAAAUUAGUUGGCAAAGAUUUUACAAGUAAAAUGCUCUUAUCUUUCAGAUUAUCCUGCUGUUCUAUAGUAUGAAAGAGAAAAGGCAGAUUGAGCAUAAGGCAGAGAGAAGGAACUUGGCCUAGUAACAGACCUUAAGUAAUUAGCAGUUUAAGCAAAACUCAACUUUUUGAAAUAAAAUCAAAUACCAGUCCUCCAA